CGUUUAUCUCCGCAAGUGGACGUUUCCGGACCCAAUUUAUUGCGGACCGGUGUCGAAAACUGGUUCCGGGUAAGGAAUUCUGUCGGCUAACGUUAGCUGAAACACAAUCUCCGCUCCGCGUACAUCCAAACGAAGGAUUAACAGAAACCACUGGACAGGAUGGAUGGUGAGGAGAGAACUUACGGUGGCUGCGAGGGGCCAGAUGCCAUGUACGUGAAGUUGAUCUCCUCAGAUGGCCACGAAUUCAUUGUGAAAAGAGAACAUGCUUUGACAUCUGGGACUAUCAAAGCCAUGUUAAGUGGGCCAGGUCAGUUCGCUGAGAACGAAACCAAUGAAGUGAACUUCAGGGAGAUUCCAUCUCACGUCCUUUCCAAGGUCUGCAUGUAUUUCACCUACAAGGUCCGUUACACCAACAGCUCCACAGAGAUUCCUGAAUUCCCUAUUGCUCCGGAGAUUGCGCUGGAACUUCUCAUGGCUGCGAACUUUUUGGAUUGCUAAAGUUACAAUGCUUAAAACAUUUUUAGAUUUUUGUUUUUGUUUUAAAUAUUUAACUUGUUUUGCCAUUGUCACAUGAAACACAAGAUUUUUUUUUUUUUUUAUUCCCCCCCACCCUCCCCUUCCUUUCUGUUAUAAUUACAUUAAAGAUUACGUUUUAAUAUAAUAAAUAGAUAAUUGCAAAGGAAGAACGUGAUUAAAUGUUACCCCCUUGUUUCUUGUGAAACUCUUCACCUCCAUUUUCACAAUAAAGCUGUUCCAUAAUGUUUUGUGUAUUUUGGUUGAGCUUAAGCAAGAUUUUACAAAAUAUUUGGAAGACCUUAAAUGACAAAAAUAUAUUCUGUGCUUUGCACAUUUGAAGUGUGGGGAUUUAUCCUCAUAGUCAUCUGACAGUGGAAGCAAAGAUGGAAAUGUAAUUUGUAGUAGGCUAAACAAUGUGGCUGAUGUUUGCAUUGUAAACACUGUUGAUAGUUGGUCAUUACUUAUGAGCAAAAUACUUUAUCCAGGUCCAAACUGCUCCUCGGAGGCACGAAUUAGUCGAGUAAUUCAACAAAUAUCUGAUUUUCUAAGAUGAUGUGGUUGCCAAUAAUGUGGGUAUACACUGGUAUCCCAGCAACAAUUAAAUACGAGUACAGUUUAUUUCAGUUGCAUGCUUUUAUUUACACUGAAGGAAAUGAAAAAUGGCAAAACUGCAAGUGUAAGUCAAAGGACAUGACCUUAUAACUCUGAAUAAAUGAAUACAUGACCUGCA